UUAAAUAGUGAUCUCAUGAGCUGGAGGCCAGUUUUGGAGAUCACCAGGUGUGGAGUUGACAUCACCGAAAAAAUCAUGCCCCCCCAGGAAUUAAGCUACUUUGCACCCCCUGUACCUCCCCAUAAGCCAAAACCUGGACCAUCUCCAGACACACAGGAGAGGACCCUAAAAUGUGUUCUGCUGGGAGAUGGCGCCGUAGGGAAGACCAGCUUGUUGGUCAGUUAUACGACCAAUGGAUACCCCACACGAUAUAUUCCCACCGCCUUUGAUGACUUUUCAGCGCUGGUGCAGGUUGGGAAUAAACCACUAAAGCUUCAGCUGUGUGACACUGCAGGGCAGGAUGAAUUUGACAAACUUCGACACUUUUGUUACCCACGAACAGACGUCCUCCUUCUCUGCUUCAGCGUGGUAAGCCCCACAUCCUUCCAGAAUGUCUCUGAGAAGUGGAUACUGGAAAUUCAGCGACAUUGUCCAAAUGUCCCCCUUAUUCUGGUCGGGACCCAGUGUGAUCUCAGAGAGGAUGUCAAAGUUCUGAUUGAGCUAGCCAGAUGUCGGGAGAAACCUGUGCCCUACUCUGCUGGCCAAACGUUGGCUGAAAAGAUUGGAGCUGUUUCUUACAUGGAGUGUUCAGCUCUAACGCAGAAAAACCUGAAAGAGGUCUUUGAUAUGGCAAUUAUCUCAGGAUUACGGUACUCUGACUUGCGUGGUCAGAGAGAACGCAAGAUGGCGGUCACCGCCAGCAAGAUGAGAACUCUAUCCAAGGCUUGGUGGAAAAAGUAUGUGUGCGUGUGAGAGCCCAUGCUGAGAUGGACAAUUCCUUUGGCCAAACAGCUUGCAACACAUACAGGAUACCGUUUGGGCUUCUUUGCCUGUUGGACUGCAUAUUAUGUUAGACUUUGUGGUCUGUUUAAUGCCAAAAAAGAUGGAUAUGAUUUGACCAAUCAAAAUUUAGCAUGCUGAUCAAAGACCCUUCCAUUGGUUGAUUUAUGACAAUUGCUCAUUGGCUGAUACACCAAAUAAUUAUUAGAAUUAGUUUGAAAUGCUUUAUUUUUGCACCUGUAUAUACACUGGACAUUGACCUGACUCUACAAUAUAGGAGUUACGAUUAUUUCUGUGAUCAUUCGCCAAGCUGAGGUGGACAGAAAUGAAUUUAUAGCUUCUGUUUUUAAGGAGCGUGAACUGUAAUACAGAGUGUGAGGGCAUAUUCUGUCAAACUGUCUAUACCACCAUAUAUCUUAUGGUAUCUACUAGUCUGCGUGUGGUAUUUCAUUGUGUGUUCUCUCGCCCCCACCCCGUGUUCACUUUUCUUUAUUUUGCUCUGGUUCCUUUACAUCAUUUUUUUGUUAUUCCCUCUGUUCCAUCUUCCUGUCUUCUGUAUAGCCCCCCCUGUAUUCUCUGACAUGUCUCAUUAAAUAAUAUCUGCUUCAUAAGCAGAAGACUGGGACACAAACUCUUUGUUAUUUUGUUCUGAAAAUAAAACGAGUUUACAAAAUAUACAA